AUGUUAGGUUUCAUAGUAGAGUUUAUUUUAAGCAUCGGUAUCUGUGCUUUAUUGGCAUAUUAUUUUUUUCUUACCGCUCCAGUAGAGGAUGAUGGGGAAUCUGAGUUGAAUUCCUCUGAAAUUAGCAACGAUCGACCGCAAAGGCCAGUAAAUUGGUGGGAGUCAUUUAUUAUUUAUUGGGGCGAGGAAAGCAGUAUUGCGAUGGUCUAUCGACAUAUCCGUGUCGGCAUAUUAGGUUUAGAUGAUGUUUUCGCACGGAGUCCUACUAGAAGGGGGAAAACCAGAUCUUUAACAGAGGCACACAACAGUUAUAAUGCUUGUAGAAGUGUUUUUAGUAAGCGACAAAGACUCACAAGACAGCAGCAUGAUUCAAGAAACGAUUUUCAGGGGACAUAUAGUUCGAUGAGGAAAGAAAGUGCGCUUUGGGUGAAUGUAGUUAGCCGUUGGUUGGGCAUUCUGAUUAUGGGUGGUGGAACUGUCAACAUUGAUGUGUGGUCCGAUCGCCUGCAGUACGCCCUGGAGUGCUGUGUUGUUCGUGUGAAUCGCUCCCUGGUUGCAAAAACGAACAGGUCGCCGGACCCCCUGACGGCAACACCUGUAAAAACAGGUGCAGUUGGGCAUCGUCCACAUGUCGAUGUACUUUACCUUGAAUUAGGUCUUAGCCUAUACGUAGCGCAGAAGAGUGUCUCUGGGAUACCAAACUCUACAAUUGAUGCCAUGAAGAGAAACAUCAAGGGAGCUUCCAACUUGGCCUCCACGUGGGCUGCGGUAUCUGCAAAAGUUGUUAAAAAUCUUUCACUGAGAAAUAAUGGUGGAGGGAAUUCGACAAUAAGAAACGAUAAAACCCCCGUUAGCACAAACAAUUUUCUUGAUGAAAGUAAAACACACGAUUGCCCGGCUUAUACUGGUUGUAGCAACAUUAGCAGCAGUAGUACUGGUUCGCUUCCUGGUGUUGGGGUUGCCAUUCCUCGUCUUGCUGGGGAUAUUGUUUCAGUUGAGCUGCCGUCCUUUACUGCAGUGACAUCGGACCCCGCACCAGAGAUUACUUCCGGAAAUGGUAAGUCUGAUCCGAAAGUGAAAGCAGGAGCUGGAGUAGAGUGCGAUGUCCUGAAGAGAACAAAGUCAAAUGCAUCCAUCAUUCCGCCCUCCGAGCAGGUAGUAGUGCCUUCAUUUUCGCCAGAGGUGGAGGGCACAUUAAGCAACGCCGCGGUUCCUUUUCCGCUUCCACUGCGUUGCUUUAGCAUACCUAUCUGCUACGAAGAUCAGCGCUUCUCUUUGGAUUUGGGCUGUUGUCUUCCACUUCUAUCUUUCCUGCCUGCCAAACUGUUCAUACCUGCAGAUGUUUUGUGUAUUGACUGCAUUGUACAGGUGCAUCGUGUGUCGUUCUUGGGAUGUCUUUAUGCAGCUUUUCAUGGUCCCAUAGUGGAGCUGUCAUUUCCGAGUCCUCCACAAUUCAACGCGGUGUUUGAGGUCACUGCUCCACAGCACUACCCUCGCAGGCGUCGACCUUUCCAGCCACCCGCGGACUCUUCUUCUGCCUUUACCACUACUUUGACAAUGAGGAACGUAACAACUUCUAUGCUUUCGGCAAGUUCGCCAUCCUUUAUGGGGGAUGGCAACUUUGGUUGCGCCAGAGUCGCCAGAUUGGGAUUACCUUCAUCUACUACUGGAUUCUCUUACAGCUGCAUCAAUGCAAAAAAUGAAAAAAUGAAGGAGUUAGUGCAACUGGCGGUACAGAAUUCUGUACGCUCUAUUUCGUAUCCUAACGUUCUUGAGGGACGCAUCCGAGGUAGUACCUUAAGAAAUAUGGAAUCAGAGCGCAAACAUGCAGGUCCUAUGAAUGGAGUUUCUUGCAGCUUGUUGUCUUGGGCGCGAAAGCGAGCAACUUUACCCUUGAUUGCACUUUAA